UGUGGCUAAAGAGUAUCCUGGGGGUUUGGCCUGGGGGACCCGAUGCCAACUCACUUCUGGUUUUCAAGUCGAGGAGGAGGUAUCUGAUUUCUUCCCUAGGCAUCAGGGGUGGUCAUCAGGGUACAUCAGCCCCUGGUUCAUCUGGAAAGCUUGAGAACGAUUGAGGAGCUGUUUUAUCCAAGGGAGGCCCCAGGAGUUCGACUCAUACCAGGUCCUGUGGGGUUUGGUUGCCCCUCUUGGAGUCAAUGGGGCAGUUCCUUGGGGUUGCCUCUCACAGGGAGCUGUUGUCGUUGCUGUCUUGGCCUUGGGCCUGGUGGCCUGGCCUGGGUCUAGGACUCCUCUGAGCCUGAAGGGAAAGUCUUAAUUGAGCUGGGGGAGGGUGUGCUCCAGAUCAUUCCAGCAUGCCCCUGCCCUGGAGUUCUGGCCUCUGACCCGCACCAUCUGGUGCUACCUACACUGCCCUGCUGGGGUGGGAGAGCGCAGUGGCAAACUCAGAGCUAGGCAACUGGUAUUCACCCCGGUGGUGAAUGCCCUCCAUCUGUCCAUCAACGCUGCCUGUCCCAGAUUGGGGCUCCCACAGCCUGUCUUCCCUCAGUUGGAUCAAUGGAACUUGUGGGAAUAUGAGGGGGAGUUGGUCACUUGGGUGGAAUUUUCAGGAGACCCCCUUUUCUGAAGGAUGGUUUCCAUUUGUGGAGGAAAUCAGCUGGCAGGGUGAACGCCUUCUUGCUUGCCUUUUGGGGUAUCAGAGAGCCCCUGCUGUGGUGUUAGAGAGUGGCCGUGUGCUCAACUCCUAUAAAUUCCGUCUGAUUCACAUCCGCUUCCCCUCAUCCCAGUGUUGUGCAUGCGUGUGAGGAGGCGAGGGAGGCCACCCGGGAUCCCACUGUUGAAGAGAACUUGCCUUGGGCUGUAAUAUUCGCUUCCUAAAAGGCAGGGCCAGGCUGUGAGGUGGUGGUGGUGGUGUGUGGGGAGUGCAGGAGCUCAGCCUAGUUUGACAGGAUGUGGGACUGAGAGAAAAAGCCAGGUUUGGGGCAGAGAUCAGGUUACUGUCCCCUUCUUUCUUAACCACUCCCUGUGUGGCUGGCGCUGGAAUUGGCCUUCAUUUGUCUCCCUUUUGGAGUUCCUCCCAGCGCCGGCUUCGGCUCCCGCUCCCGCUCCUCCCCACAGCCUCGAUUUCAUCUCAGGCCCGAAGCCCGCCCUCUCUUCCCCCCAGAUUGGGGGCCUGGGAACUCCAGCCGGCUGGAGGUCAGCUCCUCUCCCCAGGGAAGGAGGAAGUGAGGCUCAGCUUCAGGGGCAGAAACAAACUGGCAAGCCCUGGCCAUGGCUGCCAUCCGAAAGAAGCUGGUGAUUGUGGGGGAUGGGGCCUGUGGGAAGACCUGCCUCCUCAUCGUCUUCAGCAAGGAUCAGUUCCCAGAGGUCUACGUCCCUACUGUCUUUGAGAACUACAUCGCAGACAUAGAGGUGGAUGGCAAGCAGGUGGAGCUGGCUCUGUGGGACACAGCAGGGCAGGAAGACUACGACCGCCUGCGGCCUCUCUCCUACCCGGACACUGACGUCAUUCUCAUGUGCUUCUCCAUCGACAGCCCCGACAGUCUGGAAAACAUUCCUGAGAAGUGGACCCCGGAAGUGAAGCACUUCUGCCCCAAUGUGCCCAUCAUCCUGGUGGGGAAUAAGAAGGACCUGAGGCAAGAUGAGCAUACCCGGAGAGAGCUGGCCAAGAUGAAGCAGGAACCUGUUCGAUCUGAGGAAGGCCGGGACAUGGCGAACCGGAUCAGUGCCUUUGGCUACCUUGAGUGCUCAGCCAAGACCAAGGAGGGGGUGCGGGAGGUAUUUGAGAUGGCCACUAGGGCUGGCCUUCAGGUCCGCAAGAAUAAGCGCCGGAGGGGCUGCCCCAUUCUCUGAGAUCCCUAAGACCUCCCCUCCUUCCUUCAGGAGGUUGCAGAAACUCCCUCUGCCCUCUGUGACCCCACCCUAUGAGGGAUCCUUGCUGAAGGCUCCCUUUCCCAAUUCCCUCCUGCCCAGGACUGCAUUGAGUUUCCCCAGCCCUGACACUGGUGGCUGUAGGCACGCCCCCUCCCACCAGCACCCUGGGAACAGAGGGGUAUGUCCUGCCCCUCGGAGCACAGGCCCUCCUCCUGUUGCCUCGGUCCUUGGGUGGGGCUCUUGAUCCCUUUGGCCUUCCCCAGAGGAUCAUCACACCAGCACUUUAUAUACUUCCUGCUCACAACAGAUCUGGGGUAGGAGACUUGGCAGGUGUAACCGAACCCCAGGCCCGUGGUGUUUCUGCUUUGGGCAGGAGCCUUGUCUCUGGCUAUUCUUGGUGUGGGACAUGAAUAAAGGCCACAGGCUCCAAAGUG